AUGUGGACUGUUUUCGGUCCCAAAUCAAAGUCAUCUCAAGAGAGUGCCGAGUCUUCAGAAACUGACAUGAAUUCAAUGCACGCCUACCUUAUACUGAGCCGAACAGACGCCACACUUGUUCUACAGACGGGUCAAGAGAUCAACGAAUUGGAUCAAAGCGGGUUCAGUAGUCAAACGUCAACAGUAUUUGCCGGCAAUUUAGGCUCCAAUCAGUACAUUCUUCAGGUGUCACCGAUGGGCGCCAGACUACUUGAUGGCAUCCGAGAGUUGCAACACUUCCCUUUCCCUAAAGACAUCGGAUCACCCAUUUGUUACACAUCUUUGGCUGAUCCCUAUGCUGUGCUUAUGAGUGAAAAUGGAGUUAUUAUUUUGUUGUGUCUUAAACAUGACAGCGUCGGUGGAAAUGCCAAACUUCUUGUCUCUCGUCCAGAACUGUCGACUGCAAAGUCAAAAAUAAUAUCCAUUUGUGUCUAUAAGGACACGAGUGGUCUGUUUUCCACUCAGACUAAGGAACAGUUUAAUCAAAACACAGCCAACAAUACGAGUCCUAUGGUUAAGUCGAAAACAGCGGCCACAGUGGCGGCACAGGUAUCCGCUUUGCCCAACGCCUCUACUGUUGAUGAAGAGGACGAACUACUUUACGGCGACUACACUAUUGAUGAGGCGCUCAAGACUGUCGAGAAUAAAGAUGAGACGGCGAGCCCAGAGUCGACUGAGACUAAGAUCAAAGUGAUUGAAACACACGAACCCACGUAUUGGCUGUUUCUCGUCAGAGAGAACGGUGUUCUUGAGAUCUAUAGUUUGCCGACAUUUAAACUCUCGUAUUUGGUUAAGAACUUCCCGAUGGGUCCCAAAGUGCUGGUCGACAGCGUUCAGAGUACAGACUAUACUGGCGCUCAACAACAGCCAGACCUGCCCUCAUCGAUGCCAAUGACUCGAGAGAUUCUGGUGACGGGAAUGGGAGCCAAACAGUCGCGUCCAAUGCUUUUCGCGCGUUUCGACGACGAGCUACUUAUUUACGAAACGUUUCCUUUCUAUGAAACACAAGUGGAAAACCAUCUGAAACUUCGGUUUAAGAAAUACUUGAAUCAUAACAUUUUGGUCAAAGAACCGAAGAUAUGCCGACAAACCAAUGCUUUUGACUCAGAGAACAAUGAAACGGAAAACACGUCGACUCUGCCGACGACGCGGAUGUGGUUGCGAUGCUUUCACGACAUAUCCGGCUAUUCGGGAGUAUUCCUGUGCAGUCCGUACCCGCACUGGUUUAUUAUGACAUACAGAGGAGAACUCCGCAUCCAUGAGAUGAGUAUCGACGGAGCGGUCACUUGUUUCGCGCCCUUUCAUAACAUCAAUUGUCCGAAAGGUUUCCUGUAUUUCAAUAACAAGGAAGAGCUGCGCAUCUGUUCGUUGGCCACACAUCUAAACUACGACAACAGUUGGCCGGUGCGUAAAGUGCCGCUCAGAUGUACUCCACAUUUCGUCAACUAUCACGUCGACAGUAAGACCUACUGUUUGGUGACGAGUGCUUUAGAAGAGGUGACCAAAAUUGUGCGAAUCGGUGGCGAUGAGAAAGAUUACGACUUUCUCGAGAGAGACAACAGAUAUAUCUAUCCGAUGACUGAGAAGUUUUCCAUUCAAUUGAUAUCACCGGUCAGUUGGGAGAUAAUCCCGUCGACUAAAAUAGAACUGGAUGAGUGGGAACACGUGACGUGUCUUAAGAAUGUUAUGUUGGCCUCUGAGGGCACAGAAUCGGGUCUCAAGGGUUACAUCGCUUUGGGAACUAAUUAUAAUUACGGUGAAGAUGUGACAAAUCGCGGACGCAUUUGGAUUCUCGACAUCAUUGAAGUGGUUCCCGAACCCGGACUCCCGUUGACUAAGAAUAAGAUCAAAACCGUUUAUUGUAAGGAACAAAAGGGUCCGAUCACUACAUUAUGUCAAGUGAAGGGAUUCCUAUUGACAGCCAUCGGACAAAAGCUCUACAUCUGGCAGUUGAAGGAGUCGUCUCUUAUUGGCAUUGCUUUCAUCGACACUCAGCUAUACAUUCAUUCGGCCAUAUCUAUCAAGAAUCUGGUCCUCAUUGCAGACGUCUAUAAAUCUAUAUCCUUAUUGCGAUAUCAAGAGGAGACCCGAACCCUGUCUUUGGUGAGCAAAGACAGCCGUUCCCUUCAGGUGUUUGCCUGCGACUAUGCGAUCGAUGGCUCGCAGAUGUGUUUCGUUAUAUCGGAUUCAGAGAAAAAUAUAGUUUUAUAUUCAUAUCAACCGGAAGUGAGAGAAAGUCAGGGCGGGACCAGACUUCUAAGGCGAGCCGACUAUCACUUCGGUUCGCUUAUUAACUCAUUCUUCCGAAUUCGCUGUAAAAUACCCGCAAAUAUUACGGACAUGAGAGUCAAACAACAGCUCCAGUGCCGACACAUAACUAUGUUUGCGUCGCUCGACGGAAGUCUCGGGUAUUUCCUUCCGGUCACUGAGAAGACAUACCGAAGACUAUUGAUGUUACAGAACGUACUGACUGUUUCGUUGCAACACUCGGCCGGACUCAACCCGAAGGCCUUCCGAAUGAUUAAGAUUUCGAGACCAGAGCUCAUGAAUCCAUCGAAGAAUAUAUUAGACGGCGAUCUUCUCGUCAAAUUCGCGACGCUCUCUAUGAACGAGAAGUCAGAUUUGGCCAAAAAGAUCGGAACCACUCCGAGUCAAGUCAUGGAUGACCUCCAGGAGAUCGAUAGAGUGAGCGCUUAUUUCUAA